AUGUCCACGUCAGCACCCGGGUCGUCGUCUCGACGGCAGAAGCGCAUGGGCCCCGCUCCUUUCGCCUCCUUCGAGGAUCUCUCAGACGAGGUGAGAUCUCGUCUUGAAAGUCCAGAAGAAAAGAACGUAGCUGGUUCCGUGGUACGAUUGCCAGGCAUCAGAGAAGAUCUCACUCCUACCACUCCAGCAAUGACUGACAGAUCGCCGUCUCCAGCAUAUCCACUUAAAGGAAUAAGUCUCAUUGGUGCUCCAACAACUACCACAGUUGCUCAUUUGCCUACUCAGCCAUCUAAAAAGAAUAACAUCAAACCGCCUGCUACUCCGAGAAUUGAUAUUUCCAGAGCUAGUAGCUCCUCUCAUCAUGAUAGUAAAGAUAGCAGUCCUGAGAGGGAAAUCUAUGACACUCAUGAUCCUAAUAGUGCCAAAUUAGGAUUAGGUUUCAAAGAAGACGGUGCCCUGGAUUUAAGGUCUUCCACCGAAGAACUAGACUUUCAAGAUAUGUCUACAAUGGAAAGAAGACGAAGUAGCAAAGUACGACCCGCAUCACCAUCCAUUCUAGACGAACCGACGGCACUAAGGAAAGACUCGCAGUGCUCGGAUAUAGUUUUACUUUCCAUAUCGGGUCGGACGUCCAGAUUAUCAAGCAUCGGAAGUCAGGGUUCUAAUCAAAGUCGUCUGUCGAACGCCAGCCAUAUAUCAGUGCUAUCUGGCCAAUCUGGAAUAUCAAGGUGCUCCUCGCCUCACAAGAUGUUACUGGAGACGUCCUUUUGCGGCACAAAAUCAGGAGAAGGAGCAGCGAAAAUUGAUGAGGAUCAUUCAGGGACCAAAGUCGAAAGUGAAGUAAUGGAAAAAAUUUUACUAUCCAGAAAACAUGAUCCAACUGAAGCCAUCUUAGCGGAAGGAAUUUCCGUAGAAAAAGCACAACCACUAGCUCCAAAGAUUCAACCAGAGAAACCAGCAAGGAAACAAGAGGUCAAGGAAAUGCAGAAAACUGAUAUCACCAUAACAGUAGAUCAAUCGGAAACCGAAAGCAAUAAUACAAAUAAAGUAAAAAGCCGAUUUGUCUCUGAAAGUGGUGUUGAGUACUACUACAUUCCACUAAAAGGCCCACUACCUCCAGAUCUUCCUAAACCAGCACAAGGUCCACCAAAAAGCAAAGCCAAACUUAGAGAAGUCAAAUCUGCAAACUAUGAAUCUAAAACCACAACAAAUUGCAAAUCUAAAGUACCUGAGGCAAAACCGAGGUGUAAGUCAGCUACACCCACGCCCUCUCAUUCAUCUACAAAAAAAGAAGAACCUAAAUACAUCAGAAUAAAGUUAAAACCAGACAGAUGCUACUCGGAGGAAUCACCAACGCCAGAAAUUCAAAAACCUGUUACUCUAGAGCUUGAUUCGAUUCAAAAAGAUGCAAUUUAUCACGAAAGCACCAAAUUAGAUAAAACAAUAAGCUAUAUACAAGAAACCGAUAGAAUAUGCUCAGCAGCUACAAAUGGAAGCCCAAAAAUAAUUGCCGGAACCGCAGAAGGUCCUGUAGAGAACAUCACUCCGUCACCUUCAGUCUCGAGGAGAUCUUCUUUCGCGUCUCUAUUCAAAAACAAAGACGGUAUAAUGAGUCCCGAAUCACCUUCAGUACCAGGCACUAGCAGACGAAAAAAUAUGAUAUCAGGCAUUCUAAAAGAAGCAGGAGAUAAUUUACGCACCAGGAGUAGGAGUAGGUCUAAAAGUCGGGAUAGAGAGAGCCACAAAUCGUCACUCUCUACAGCACCAUCUUCUACAGAAAGCAUAGACAGCAAAUGCAAGCAUAAAUCGGUACUAUCUUUAUUCAAAUCCAAUAAGAAGGAUAAACUAAAGUCUGAAUCGGAAACAAGUUCCCAAGAAACUGUUCGCAGUAGCGAUGGAAUAGCUAAACUAGAAUUUAAGUUUAAUGAACCCAAACAGACUUAUUACGAAAAUCCACUAGAUUGCGCCACUGUACGCAUCCCGUUACACUCUCCUACUUAUUACGAAAAUAGGACUAUGUCAGAUUGGAAGACAUCCAGUCAAGAUUCUCAAGACACUGUUAUAGAAAACGUUAGUAAAAAUGUCGAUGUCGUUCUCGAAAAAGUACCUCAACAAGAGGUAGUCGUAGAAAAGAAAUCUCUUGAAAAGAGCGCUACUAAACCUAGUAGGCAAAGCAGUACUAGUAGCGAAAAUAUAGUUUUUUCAACGAAAUUAGGUAGUGAUAACGAAGUUUUUACAACAAAGUUACCGAAGAAAUUACCGAAAGAGAAAAGCAAUAGCGAGGAAGGUAAAGUACUUAAUGGUAUCCAAGAACCAAUAGUUGAGCCGCACGAAGAAAUUAAAGAGCCUCAAAGGAUUAGUAGAGAAUCUUCAAGAGAAAGGAUAUCAAGGUUACAAGAACGACAAAAACCACUGAAAACCAAAUCCAUCACUAGCGUCAAAGAAUUAGAACUGAAAGAACUUGAUAACGUCAAAGAUAAAAGAUUAUCGGAAGUAUCUGUAGGCGCAACUAGCACUAUAAGCUCACAAAUAAGCUCAACAACGGAGGAUCACAACUCGUCAGAAUCAGAAAAAGAAGUUGACGAUAACGCUAAAACAAAAAACGAAUUGAAACUUGACCUAGAUAUAUCGGAACUCGAAAGGAAAGCUAUAGUGCUACAACAAGAUUCAUUCGAAGAUGAAUUGCCAUACAUACCGACCACACUGCCACAGGAGAGAUCAGCUGCUUUGCCAAUAGUACCUAUUAAACAACGAUCUACUUUCGAGAUCAAGACUUGUCCCAUAGAAAGACCUCGGUCGACAACUCCUAUUAAUCCUAGCUGCUUAGACGAGUACUGCGAGGAAGUCAUGGGAAGUUUUAACAUAGAAAGCGUUACCAAAACAAUAGAAAAGUUAAAGAUAUCGUUACCCAGAAACGAAUCUUUUGAUAAAGCCAAAGUUAAGUCGCCCAGGAAGAAGGAUUCUAACACGAACUGGUUUGAGUUUGCUGAAAAAGGAAUCACCACGAAAUCGACUCCAAGUGAGACCCCUCCACCACUACCUCCCAAAGGGGUUCAAAAGUCUUGGAUCAAUUUCGAAGAUAUACCAGAAAAACGCAAGGCUCCCAAACGAAUCCAAACCAUUCCUUCUCGCAGCUACAUAGAAGUACCGGAGAGCGUGUUACAAGAUAGCGUGGUCUACAAUUACGUAAAUCCCGACGAAUGCAAGUGUGAAUGUCACGAGGUGAACGCCAAAGAAAGGGAGAGACGCGCUAAAGAAUCCCAAGAAGCUGUCCAGGAAGACGAGUUGCCUCUUCUGGAAGACGAGAAUGUUGAUGAUGAAAAAAAUGUUCCUGAUUGUUCGAAUAGAGUUAAACUUGAUGUCUCUGUUUCUGAUUGUAGAAGUAUUAUUAGUGAUUCUUCGGUGGAUUUAAGUACAAGUAUUGAUCCACACGAACCUAGUGGUACCGAACCUACCUUACGAACUCCAUUCACCAGUGAUUUAGGACUAUCCAGUAAUAGAUCUAGUGUUGUGUCCCAGGAUGAUCACCAAUCUCCCGAAUCGCCAAAUGCCUUUCCAAAAAUUUCUUAA